AAAUAAAUAAAAUAAUUAAUAAUAAUAAAGCACCGACGAGACGGGCCUCCCAUUCCGCGUUUGCCGAAGCUGAGUGAAGAACCAAGCACACCGAGUCUGAACUCUGAGCGAUAAUUAUGCAAUAACAAGUAAUAAUAUAUUACUAUUAUUACUACUAUUUCCAGAAUCCCGGAUCUCCGCUUCCUAAAAAUGGCGCGUACAUCCCUCUCCCUCCCUCUCAUUCUCAUUUUCCCUCUUCUUUUCCAUCUUGCUCUUGCCAAAACCCUUAAACGCGACGUGAAGGCAUUGAAUGAAAUAAAGGCAUCUUUAGGCUGGAGAGUGGUAUACGCUUGGGUCGGCGACGAUCCUUGUGGUGACGGUGACCAUCCGCCGUGGUCUGGUGUCACAUGCUCUACUGUAGGAGAUUAUAGAGUCGUCACCGAAUUGGAAGUAUACGCGGUAUCUAUUGUGGGGCCAUUUCCUACUGCUGUAACGAAUUUGCUGGAUCUUACUAGACUGGAUCUUCACAAUAACAAGCUCACAGGGCCCAUUCCUCCACAAAUUGGCCGAUUGAAGCGUCUUAAGAUACUUAAUUUGAGGUGGAAUAAACUACAAGAUGUUAUUCCUCCCGAAAUUGGUGAACUGAAGAGUUUAACUCAUCUUUAUCUGAGUUUCAAUGCUUUCAAAGGAGAAAUCCCCAAGGAGCUUGCAAUUCUUCCUGAGCUUCGGUAUCUUUAUCUACAUGAGAAUCGCUUUUCUGGGCGAAUUCCUGCAGAGCUGGGGACACUGAAAAAUCUUCGGCACCUUGAUGUUGGCAACAAUCAUUUGGUGGGUACUAUAAGGGAACUAAUACGUCUUGAUGGUUGCUUCCCUGCUCUUCGCAACCUUUAUUUAAAUGAUAAUUAUCUUACUGGAGGAGUCCCUGCACAACUUUCAAACCUGACCAGCUUGGAGAUCUUGCACCUAUCACACAAUAGAAUGACUGGAAUAAUACCUGUUGGGCUUGCUCAUAUGCCUAGAUUGACUUACUUGUACUUAGAUCACAACAAUUUUAAUGGGAGAAUUCCUGACGCCUUCUAUAAGCAUCCAUAUUUGAAAGAAUUGUAUAUCGAAGGAAAUGCAUUCAAGCCAGGUGUAAACCCAAUAGGUGUUCACAAAGUCCUUGAAGUGUCUGAUACCGAGUUUGUAGUUUAGUGUAAGCAUCAACCUUUCUUUAUUUUUGAAUACUAUAAUAUUUUUGACUUCACAAGGCUUUAUUUAUGUUUCUGUAAUGAAAUGGGAAAAUGUAGCUGCUCUCUA